AUGGGAGCAGAAAUACGGGAUGUAAACAUUCCGCAUAUCAAAUACGCCCAAACCGCCAACCAAGUGAUUAUGAUGUCGGAGGCCUAUUCGUUCCACGAGGCAAAUCUUAAGAGCAGACGACAGGAUUAUGGCGAUAUGGUCCGCAACCGUUUCCUGUUGGGCGGGUUGCUCACCGCUUCGGAUUACAAUCAGGCAGUGCGGAUGCGCCGGGUAAUCAAGGAUGAAAUGGCUGACGCACUGCGAGAGGCAGACGUUCUGGUAACGCCGACCUACGCGUCGACGGCACCGAAGAUCGAUGGAUACGCCGGGUCGACGACGUUGACGCAACCCAGUUUCACCGGGCCGUUCAACGUUUCCGGGUUGCCAGCGGUGUCGGUCCCGUGCGGGUUGUCGGACGACGGGCUGCCGAUGGGUUUGCAAAUAGUGGGGAAGCCAUUUGAUGAAGCUGUGGUGUUGCGAGUUGCUCAUUCCUACGAACAAACUGCCCGAUUUAUAGAGCGCAGACCGCCAAUUUAG